AUGAAUCGUCCCAGCCACCCAGACGUCGAGCCGCAACAACAGGAUAUCGAGCAUGCCGAACAGCAGGAUCACGAACACACCGAGACCACCGAGUCAGUGACAGAAGAGGUGCCAAAAUCGGAAUCUGAACAGAAGAAACCCGCAGGCAAACUUAGAGGACGUCCGACUGGAGGAACAGUGAAAGGAGGUGUCUCUGGAGGACCAACCGGGCCUAAGAAGGGAUAA